AGCUUGCAGCAGCCUGUGGGAGAAAAUAACUCACUUUGAAUGGCCUACUCUUGUUUCUAUUUUCUAUGUUUCUUCAGGCUUUGAGUACUUUUACAAAAAAAAGAGAGAUUGCAGCCUGUGUUCCCAGCAUUCCGAAGGCUUCUCAAGCCUUGUAUGAUAUUGUAAUGGACAGCAAUGAGGGAAUAAAUCAAACGCCCAGCAAAAUCAAGAUCUUUUUCUCCAAUUUGAUGGAAAAGUCCAAAGCAAAGGAAUAUUUUACAUGGAACCUUUUAAAGAUAUUAUUCCUUGGUCAGGGAUUAUCCAUGUUAUUGUGCGGAACUGCAAUCAGCAGUCAAUAUUUGGCAGAUGACUUUGCUGUGAACACCCCAGUACUUCAAAGUUUUAUCAAUUACCUUCUGUUGUGCCUGGUUUACGUGGGAAUAUUGGCGUUCAGACAGGGUAAUGACAAUUUAUUACAAAUACUGAAGACAAAGUGGUGGAAAUAUCUUCUGGUGGGAUUAAUUGAUGUUGAAGCAAAUUACUUGGUAGUCAAAGCUUACCAAUAUACCACAUUAACAAGUGUUCAGCUCCUAGACUGUUUUAUCAUUCCUGUGGUGAUGCUCCUAUCAUGGUUUAUCUUGCGAUCAAGAUACAAAAUCAUCCACUUUGUGGCUGUUUUAAUGUGCUUGCUGGGCGUUGGAAUUAUGGUUGGUGCGGAUGUCCUAGCAUCAAAACAACAAGGAUCGGGUAGCAACAAGUUGCUGGGAGACUUUCUGGUCCUGGGUGGUGCCGCUCUUUAUGGAGUUUCUAAUGUUUGUGAGGAAUUUGUCGUGAAAAACUUUAGCCGUGAGGAGUUCCUGGGAAUGCUUGGCUUAUUUGGAACCUUCUUUAGUGGUAUACAGUUAAGUAUUCUGGAACAUAAUGCAAUUGCAAACAUUAAUUGGAGCUGGCAAGUCGUGUUAUUGUUCACUGCAUUUGCUGUUUGCAUGUUUGGAUGGUAUAGCUUCCUGCCACUUGUGAUUAAGAUCAGCAGUGCCACGUCAGUCAAUCUUGCAAUCCUAACGGCAGACCUCUACAGCAUCUUCUUUGGGAUUUUCUUAUUCCAUUACAAGGAAUCUUUCAAAGUGGCCAUGAAGUCUAUGUGGUUUGAUACUGGUUACAACAGUUAAGUUUUGAAAUAAGGAAGAUGCUCUCUUCUGUGAGUACAUGAGCUGGUAUUAUUAAUAAUUGCUAGCGCUGUGGAAUGACAAAGUUCGGAAACAAAAUAAGAGGAGUGGGAAUUAUGGCAUAUUUUAAUUGUAAUUUAAAGCAGUUAUAUUGAAGUUCAGUUUCACAGUGAUCUCCAAAAUAUCAAUAUAUGCAUCAUAUCAGGUAUUAAAAAUCAAAAUGUUCCUGGAAGCACAUCCACUUAAUAUGCAGACUUUCAGCACUUACACAGCAAUAAAAGUGAUGAAAUGUUGUGUAUGCCUGUUGCAUGGGCUAAAAUAAACCCUUGUCCUGCCAUAUUCAGCUCAGCUCUUUGGCUUUAUCUGCAUUGGACUAUAUUCAUUGUUUCUUUCAAGCUAUCAACUUUUGAGGAACUCCAUCAGUACCCUUUGAAGUCUCAUUAACUUUCUAGAUUUGCACAUCAGUGAUAUCAAACCUAAUUAGUGUCAGCAUAGACACUUAUUUAAAUUCAUGCUAAUGUUCUUUGCCCAAGAAAUGUCAAUGGUUUUCAGGAAAAUGUUCUCCUUUAUUGAAGAAAGGUCAAUACUAUUGUCAUAGGGUUCAAUAAUUUUUAACUCUUCUUCAAAUAUCUUGAAGCACGAAGGACUUCCUUUAAAUAAUUUGCAGGAGGAGAGCCAGUAUGGUAAAGUAAACAGCCUACCUCCUCCGUUGUGUCUGAGUCACUGCCCUACACUUUUGGAUAGCGCUUACUGUUAUGAAUAUUUAUCAAAUUGACCUGCAUUGAUACAGCCACUCCAAAUCCAAGGAAUUCACGUGGUAGCAUUUCUAUUAAAAAAUCCUUUUGUUCUCAUCGGUAAUUAUUGUUUUA